CUGCAACAGAGUCAAGAAACAGACGAACGCGGCUUCCGUUAUUCCUACGAAACUUCUAACGCUAUUCGUGCUGAAGAAGUCGGGGAUGGCUCACAAAGACAUGGCGGCUUCUCCUACACGGGCGAUGACGGCAAACUUUACUCCAUAACAUACACAGCGGGAGUGGGUGGCUUCAGGCCACAAGGUGCUCAUCUUCCAGUCGCACCUCCAAUUCCUGAAGCCAUUCUUUUGGCUUUGGAACAAAAUACUAGAGAUGAGGCUGCUGGAAUCUUCGAUGAUGAUAAUUGA